GUCCAAAGCCGUCAUUUCAUUUCAUAGUAAUUUUCCUUCCUACUAGUUUCAUACACAUUCCGAUUCUCUCCCUGCGUUAUUCAUAAACAAAAAAGAAGCUUCCACAACUUCAACAUUCUAACCGUUUCUUCUUCAUCUUCAUCUUCAUCUUCUUAGGUACUGCAAUCGAAUUGCGAGGUUUCAUUGAAUGUAAUAAUUGAAUUCGAGUUUGGAAUUUGAAGUGAAGUGUGCAGAGGAAGUUGAUAUGGCAAGUCGAUUUAAAGAAGACGAGAAAAACGAGCGCCUGAUUCGAGGUCUUCUUAGGCUCGAACCGAAUCGGAGAUGUAUUAACUGUAACAGUUUGGGACCACAAUAUGUGUGCACAAAUUACUGGACGUUUGUUUGCACUAAUUGUAGUGGAAUACACCGUGAAUUUACACAUCGUGUGAAAUCAGUUUCAAUGGCUAAAUUUACUUCGCAAGAAGUUACUGCACUUCAAGAAGGAGGAAAUCAGCGUGCAAGAGAGAUUUAUUUUAAAGAAUGGGAUGCACGUAAUUCUUUCCCUGACAGCAGUAAUGUUAACAGGCUCCGUGACUUUAUUAAGCAUGUUUAUGUGGAUAGGAGAUUCACCGGAGAUAGUACGUCUGACAAACCACCAAGAGUAAAGACCGGUGACAAAGAUGGUUCAGAUGAAAAGAGGAGAAUUGAGGCAUAUCAAGGAGGAUCUAAAAGCCCUCCAUAUGGAGACACACAUGAACGUCGUUCUAGUCCAGGUGGAAGAAGUCCUGGAUAUGAUCAAGAAAGUAGGCAAUAUGGUGAUUAUAAGAGAAGUCCUGGUCGUCCUCCAGUUAUAACUGACUGGCGCCGUGAAGAUCGUAGAACAUCAGAUGGAGAUUAUAAGGCGGAAAGCCAAUCUCCUGAGAGAGUCAGCGGACUAGGCUCCUUAAGCCCACCCGUGGUCCGACCCGUUAGAGAUAUUUUGGGGGAAAAUGUAGUACCUCUUAGAAUAAGUGGACCUCCCAAACCAAGCAGUGGAAAAGCUGCAGAUGCCUCAGCAUUGACACAGAGAACUGCAUCCUCUGGUAGCUUGGUAUCGAGUAGUGAAAGCCAAGUAGAUAUUAAGCUUGAGACUACUAAGAGCCUUAUUGAUUUUGAUGCUGAUCCUGAACCUAUUGCUCCAACAAUUUCUCAAGCCCAACAAACUAGUGUGCCGCAACCUGUUUUGCAGCAAGGAAAUUCCAGUGAUGACAAUUGGGCCUCUUUUGAUGUUGCUUCUGAGGCGAAAACAAAUCCAAGCGCCUCAAAUUUAAAUCCACUUGAAUCUGAAUUGUCCCAAUUGUCUGUGCCAGCAUCUUUACCUUCUCAUGCUUCAGGAGUCCAAGGACCUAAUCCACCCAGUGGUGCUUCGGUUCCAUUUCCCGGAUUGGCAACUGCAUCAUCUCUUAAUAAUGCAGGACAUUGGGCCAGUUUGCAGCAUCAACAACCAACAUUCCCCACCGUUGCUAGUCAACAAUUUCCACCGUCAGUAGGCAGUGCUGUAAACAGUCAGCCACCACAUGUACCUUAUGUACCCACAGGACAGGGGCAUCCGAAUACACCAAUACCACAUGCAUACCAUCAUGUCUCGAAGUUUUCCAAUGAGGGUUUCAACAGUGUUGUUUCUCAACCUUCUGCUGCAGAAGUAAAACCAAGUGGAAGAACAGAACUUCCUGAAGAUAUGUUCACUGUAAAACACUCGUCCUUCCCUGCCUCAGGUCUAGGUUGGCAAAUGGGUCUUCCCCAGGGCAUGGGGAUCUCAACGCAAUAUUAUAAUGCGAUGCCCGUGCCGAAUUUUCCGCAGCCAUCAAGGUCAACAAAUCCAUUUGAUGUCAGCAGCAAACAAACCCCAGAUCAAGCCCCAAGUUUUCCUUCCAUGUCAUCCUUGCAUGGUGCGUUGCCUGGUGUAUCGCCAUCAUUCCCGAUGCAGCUUCCAAACCUGAGCAAUCCAUUGCAUGCAUGGAGUCCACCCCUGCCUAAUGCAGGCACAAUGCACUCUUCAAGCCUGGGUCAUCCACCACAUGCAUGGACUCCUCCCCUGCAACCCUUUCAAGGUGCCCUGCCUAAUAUACCACCUUCAGGCACUAUGCACCCUUCAAGCCAAGGCAAUCCAUCCCGUGCCUGGACUCCAACCCCAUCGUCACCAUAUGCAUCAGUCCUACCUCAACAAGCACACACUCAUGCAUCAACAUUGGGAGCAGGGUCAUACAUGGGGCAACCAACGACAACCAACAUACCAAUGCCAAGCUGAAUGCGCAGGCAAGAAACUGGGAAUUUCGGAACUCAGGGAAUCAUUUUCGGUUUGUCAAAUCCAGAUCAGCAGCUUACUCAUAGGCCAUCAACGACUCCCACCUCUAACCCCUUCCCUAAAGGAGGGAACCCAUUCGGAUAAUGUAAAGAGUUGUCCAUGCAGUUGUAAAUUAAAACAUCAACUCGAUGCACCUUGUACAAAUGCAUAUAAGUUUCGGUUUCUAUUGUUUAUGGAUGGAAGUUAAGUUAUACAUGCAUAAUGAAGGAUUUGUGAUGACCAGCUUUAGGUCUAAGUGAAAUAUUUUGGCGUGUAAAUUGUUUAUUGCUAUAGGAGAGAGGGAGAUAUUGUACUUUCUUGGAAGUAGUAGCGUUAAAUGAGUAAGAUAAAGAGAGAAUGAAUGAAGGGGGUGUAGAGAACCCUUCAAUCUCUUUUAAAUUUUAAAUUUUUUGGUGCACCCAUUUGUUCAUUUGUAAUUGUAGAUUGCUUAAUGGUGUCUGCAUUUUUGGUGCCCCUUAGCUGUGCUCUUUCUUGGUUUUACAAUUUUGCAAUGUCGCAAUUUCAGCAAGGUCCUUUUUGUGUGGAAAGUACAUGUUAUCAACUUAUAAGCCACUAUGGCGAAAGUAGUUCUAUGCUACUCUGUUAUAUGAUCAAGAGAUGCAAAAUAAAUCCUGACUAUUUGUUUUUGAAUUUAA